AUGAGUCGCUCAACUGGGCUGCCAGUUGCGCAGCGCUGGGACGAGCAGCGUUUCAGAAACGAGGCUGCGGCUUUAGAGCUCGUCAGCACCAACACCACAAUCCCUGUCCCCAAGCUUCUCUCCUGGGGCAGGGACGAGAAGGGACUCCUGUUCCUGGAAACAGAACUUCUCCAGAGGUCCGUGUGUUGUGAUACGGCUGGUGACCACUGCAGAAUGCCAAAACUCCACGGUGCUACUACUGGAGAGUGUGUAGACUGCAGAAGAAUCGCCAGGGACAAUGCGAACCGAUUCAUUUAUGACACCGUCCUGCCACAGCUCCAAAUCCUGAAGCACAACACUACAGGGUUGAACGGAUUCGUGAUCCCAUCACGUUGGGUCACAGACUGGGAUCAGAGAGAGUUAUGGAGUCCAAAGCGGUCCGAUGUUGACGAGUUUGUCUUCUGUCACCUCAACCUGACAGCUCAUAAUCUUAUGCUUGACUCGGAGACCUUGGAAGUCAUGGCAUUGAUUGACUGGGAAGACGCGGGCUUCUUUUCCCCGGAGUUCCAGCAGUGGCGAUAUUUUCGAGAGGAGUUAUUUGAUUUGUAUGAUGACCACGAGUGGAUUCGCAAGUGUAUAUCACUUAUUGACCGGUAA